AUGAGUUUGAAGCUUAUGGAGAAUUGCGAUUUUGCUUCUAGAAUUAUAGAAGAACCUUCAAAUGACGAGAGUUGUAAGAGGAAGAACAAGAAAACAAAGACAAAUAGGGAAAGAUCAAACAAGCCAUCAAAGAAACUAAAGAAGAAAACCAGCAACAAGGCGGAACUCCCGUUGGCGUUUAAAGAAAAGAUUGAACAAAUGGGAGGCGAUGAGGUGAAGUUCGUGAUCGAGAAGGAACUAACCAACAGUGAUGUGACCCAAAACAAUGGUCGUCUCUCCAUCCCAAAAGGAAAAAUUAACGAGAGUUUUCUAACACCAGCGGAGGAAUCGUACUUGGAUUAUGAGCGUAAUAAAUAA